AUGAUAUUCAGGCGAGGCCGCCGCGACGCUCACUCACCCCUCCCUCCUCCCCCAGUGAAGCAAGGCUUCGACAGCAACGAGGGCGACUUCGACGGCUUCCAGCACCCCUUCUUCUACGUGAGCCACCAGAAGCAGCAUGUGCAGCAGCGCGAGCCCUUCGUGUUCAGCAGGAUCGGCGGCCACGGGAACAUGGAGCCCGAGAAGGCCGUCGUGGUGGACUUCCCCUUCCGACUCGGGCGCCUGGCGGAGGACCUGGGCGAGGGCGGCGCCCUGGCCGGCGACAACGUAGGCGCGCACCUUCCCAGCGGCGUCCAGGGCGAGGUGUAGGCGCCGUCCGACCUUCCUGCGUUGCACGAGCCCACAGCUAUUGCACCGUUUUUGGUGUGUCUGUAAAGUAGACGAUAAAUCACAUAUAUAGUAUGGUAGUUCGUUUGUAAGGUAGCAAGUCCUAGUUGUUGAUGAUGACACAGCAAGACCUGAAGGAGAAACUAAAGAACAUGGAUAUGGCGUCAUCGGGCACCGAGGCAGCACCAUGGGACGCAGAUCAUAUGGCGUCAGCAGGUACCAGUCGGAGGGUAUGACGCCAUCAAGGCAACACCAAGGAACAAGACAUCACCACUAACCAAUUACGACGCAGUGAAACCAUGACGUCAUCGGCAAAAAAAAAAAACGUUCGUCUGUCAUCAAAUUGUCAGAAAACGAGGCUGAUUCCACUCGUACCUUUUCCGGAAACUAUUCCUCGGCGUAUCUCCCGGAUAUAAAGCUGCUUGUGACCUGUCCUCUAACAUUCACGAGAGCCUCACCCGAGCGCUCCGAAGGACAUAAUGACAGCUCCAGAAGCACUGACAAUAGAGCGUGAUUAGCUGUCAUGUCACUUUGGUGUAUGUCUUCCUGUGACGUCGACUCUCCCCACCCCCCUGCUCUCUUUCCCUUGUUCUUCUCCCUCUCUGUUAACGAAAACGUUUUAAAAUUACUUCCCUUUUCUUUUCGUACGACAGCAACAAGACAUCUUACCUUGUCACAUGUGUCUGGUCAUAAAUACAAGGUCAAUUGUAA